AUGGAUGUUCGGGCAAAGUGGCCAGCUGCAUCUUCUUCUUCCUCCUUUGCUCCUCGGUCUUGCAGGUCUCAACAUCUCGAUUUCUUUUUUGGCCUUCCUCAAUAUGUUGAUUCUGGUGACUGCAGUUGUGUUUGUGAAUUCUGUGGUGCCUAUUUCUGGUAUGUUGAAAGGGUUGCUAAGUUUUCGACACCUACUCAUCCGAGGUAUAGUCAUUGUUGUUGGGAUGGAGGUGUUGUUCUUCCAUAUCCUCCUGCAUUUGACCCCAAUUUCGUAGCCCUUUAUCAAAAUGUAAGUUUAAUAAAGGAUAUUAGGGCAUAUAACAGCAUGUUUUCCAUGACUUCUUUUGGGGCGAAUGUAGAUCACACUGUUAAUGAAGAUCGUGGUCCUUAUGUUUUUAAGAUAUCUGGGCAGAUUUCUCAUACGAUUGGAUCACUAUCUCCGGAUCCUGUAAAGGGUCUGAGGUUUCUUCAGCUCUAUCUAUUUGACACAUAG